CACUCCUCACCCAUGCUGUCAGUGCUGCUGAUGUUCUCGUGGCUGCCUUCGGGAGGUGCCCUGUCUCUGGCCCAGGAGCGCCUCCCAGCCUUUCCGGGACCCUCAGAUGCACACUCCAGCAUGGACAUCUCCAGAGCCCAGGAGUUUCGGAAACACUACGAACACCUGCAGACCAGGCUGCGGUUGAACCAAAGUUGGGGCGAUUCAAACUCUGACCUCGUCCUUGCAGCUCCAGUCCGGAUACUCACUCCAAAGCUGAGACUGGGGCCGGGCGGCCACCUGCACCUGCGCAUCGCCCGGGCCGACCUGACUGAGGGGCUCCCCGCAGCCUCCCGCCUGCAUCGGGCGCUGCUCAGGCUGUCCUCGACGGAGCCCAUCUCGUGGGACGUGACUCGGCUGCUGCAACGUCAGCUCAGCCUUGGAGGUUCCCCGGCCUCGGCACUACGCCUGCGACUGCUGCCUCCACUGGACUUGGACCGGUUGAGAGCAACGUUACCUUCCGCACAUCCCCAGCUUGAGCUGCAUUGGGGGCCAAGCGCGGCCAGGGGGCGCCGAGACGCGCAUGCGCACGCCGGGGACGGUUGCCCCCUCGGGGAGGGACGCUGUUGCCGCCUGCAAAGCCUGCGUGCGUCGCUCGAGGACUUGGGUUGGGCCAGCUGGGUGGUGGCGCCUCGCGAGCUAGACGUGCGCAUGUGUAUUGGCGCGUGCCCAAGCCAGUUCCGGUCGGCUAACACGCACGCGCAGAUGCAAGCGCGCCUGCACGGCCUGAAUCCCGACGCCGCGCCUGCGCCAUGCUGCGUGCCCGCCAGCUAUGAGCCGGUGGUGCUCAUGCACCGAGACAGCGACGGUCGCGUGUCGCUUACGCCCUUCGACGAUCUCAUAGCCAAGGAUUGCCACUGCGUAUGA